AGAAGUUGGGCUGGACGGUGACAACCCGAACUCCGUCGGCCCCAGUUCCGCCCGCCAUGACGAAUUCGUGGCUCUUCGUGAUGCUUGCAGUGGCGGCCACCAAGGAGAUGGAGCACUGCGAAGACUCCUCGAGCAGCACCUUCUUCCUGCAGACGCAACAGAUGCUGCGGCAGAGGACAAGUACUGAGUGUGGGUACUUGGUGAAUGGAUCUUUGGGAGAUGCAUUGACCUUCAACAACAACAAUUGCAAGUACCACAUCCACGGCAAUGACUGUCACCGUCCCAUCCCCGAUGUGAUGGCAGAGCACCCGGGCGUGGACGGGUUUUGCUACUUUAAUGCGGUGGCCAUGUACAUUUACUACUCGCCGCCUUCUUCUGAUCCGGACCAGUAUGUGAAAUCCGCAUGGUCAGGGGUGACGGGUCUCCGACUCACUGGAGCUUAUCAUGGCCUCAACAGUGGACCUUCUGUGGUGUACCACUUCGAGGGCAAGGAGAUUCAUGACCACAUUGAUGUGGAACACUACAUUUAUGAUGACAUCUAUGGCUACUCCUUAGGUGUUCUCCAGGGACAAGGACGAACGCUCGAACAGCUGCGAAAUCCUGCAGUUUGGGAAGAACUGACCAGAGAGAAUUGCAAGGAGAUCCAAGACACGUAUCAGUUCACGAAGGAUGAGUUGGUCUUGGAGGAUAUCCUUGACAUGAAUAUGCCGAUCUUGGCCAUGUCCCACUGUGCAGGGGGAUUGAUCUUGGAGUUGGGGGCCCGCCAAGUGUUGAUGGAGCUGGCACUGGCACGGCCCUGGCACUGGCAUUUACGGUGUACGGCUUUGCCUUUCCCAAUGAGUAGCGUGUCAUACGUCACGGAGAAGGCCGAGUAUGUGAGCCCCUCCGACUGCAAGGCGAUCACUCCCAAAGAGUUCGCCCGGCAUCAUUACAUGAAGUGUUUGCUGAGCAUUCGCCAUGCAGCACAUGACACCGCUUAUCUUUUUGCCCGGGCCUGCCUCCGACACGAGAAUGGCACCGCCUCGAUCGGGCACUUUAGCCAGUGCCCCUUUGAUCUGGAAGCCGCGGCGGGCCAUUUCUGAUCCGAGCUCACUGGAGAUGGUGAACGGUCCUGCGCUGCGCAGAGCGAGCUCGGCUUCGGAGCAUGGUGAUGGGACGGGAUCGGAGCAAAAGUCCCACUGGUUGGACGAGAAACAUGGACUCUGAAAACCACGGGAUGCCACGGGUGUAGCUAGAGGAAUACCACAUCUCCCAGGAGGCUUUUAACACGGGGUCCGUGUUGGUU